AUGACGCAUGGAGUCACGUGUCUUCAAACCUUUACCUUCCUUUUGGAAUUACCCUUAGGCUGGGACAAGGUUCAGCGGCUUUGUGACUGCACGGCGGACGAAUUCCAGGAAGUGACUAAUCAUGUUGGCAUGGCCGAAAAGCAACUUCACGUCAAGAGAUUGAAAAAUGCGCUGGGCCAGUGGACACGACAGUCAGCCGUAACGAUGCCCAUUGGGCGAAACCAGCGGGAGCGUGAACUCCACGAGCUACUUCAGCGAGCGAAUCUGCUCGCCUACUACAACAAGUUCAUUGAGAAAGGCUGGGUCAGUGUGCAGCGGCUUUUUGAUGCGACGAAAGAAGAGUUUCAAGAGGUCGUCGACAGUGUUGGCAUGGCUGAAUACACAUUUCACGUCAUGAGAUUGGAGAACGCACUGGCACAUUGGCGAUGGCACACAGCCUAUUUUCCAGUCCAAUUUUCCAGUCCCACUCCGGCAAAGAAACAAAAACAACCGGAGAUUUGCCAACUGCUUGAACAAGCGGGACUUGGCUGUUACAAGAAGAAAUUCUUGGAAAUAGGCGCAGACGAUAUGCAGCAGCUUCACGACUUGACUGGCGAAGAGUUCCAUGAGGUCAUCGACGGGGUAGAGAUGUCCAGGAAGCCGAUUCAUGUAAAGAAACUCAAGAAGGUACUCGAAGAAUGGACGACGCACGCAGGCACAUCGCAAGUUCGCCUACCAAUACUGGUCGACAGAUCUCCUGAGACUGCGGCUGACAGAGCUGGGAUGCAUUCUGCCAUCGACAGGAGAGACGUCGAGCAAGUGCGAAAGUAUAUGCAGGAAAAACCGUGGCUAAAGAUGUGGCUCAAUCCAGAUACGGAUGAGUCUGCUAUGCAUCGAGCUGUGAAGAAGAACGCGUUUAACGUCUAUGCCCUUCUGCUGUCGGAGAAAUGUGUAUUCAAGAACACUGCCGAAAGUGAUUGUCUUCGGGGCUUGAAUAAUCUCCAAAAGUCCGAACUCGAGCGACAAGAAAAUUUCGUAACCCAAUCCCAAGAAUCUCACAUCUAUGCCCUCAAGAGCAGAUCGAAGAGCCCAUCCGCUCGUGAAGGAUUUGACGAAGUUCUCGAUAACUUGUAUCGUGCUCUCGACAGCAGCGACUUACUCCGGCCCGUGUUGAACGUAGUAUCAAGGGCCCCCUAUUUGAGUAUUCUCUUGGACUUUGAGCGAGAGCACACCCAGUGCAUGACGGGCCACGGCAGUGAAUGCCUCGGGAUAGCUUAUCCAGAAAAGCAAAGAAUCUUUGUAGGAGCCAAAGGGCUCCGCGGCGGACCAACGCAGGCCACGAAUGAUCGCACAAACGAAGUCGCAGGGAUCAUGGUCCACGAGCUAUGUCAUUUUGCUCUUUCUCUGGUAUACAGAAAUGAAGCAAAGCCCUACCGGCACACGGAUGCAAUCAGAAGAAAAGAUUACGCAAGUAUCCUGGAGGACGCUAAAGCUAGAAAAGACUUGCAUUAUAUCUUAAAAUGGGUAUUUAAUGAGGAAGACAAAAAUGAGGAUGCAGAACUUAUUGUUCGGGUACCUCAUAUUCUUGCUCUUGAUCCUACAGAAGGCGACAAAAUUCUCAGGAAACAAGUCCCGAAGCUUUAUCAGUUCUUCAAAGAGCACGUCAUCCCUGAUAUGGUACAGUGCAUACGGAAUGGUUGUCCUAUAAAGGACAUUGAGGAAAUCAGGGAGUUCAACGGAAAAUUAGGGAGGGCGUCUUCAACAGAGGAUCUGAAAAUAGAAUUUAACACAACGCUUGACCACAGUGUUCUUGUACGUAAGCCGUUUGUUGUCCUCGCAGCAUCAAAUCUAUCGUUCCUCGAAGUAAUGGUUAAUGAUCUCGUGAGAAAGGAAGGUGUUUCCUAUCUGUUUCUCGAGGCAUCGCAGUUGAAGCAGGAAACAUAUGCCAUUCUAAACGAGAACAAGUGCAGCUUCUUGCUGCUGUCGUGUGAGGGCAAAGCUGACCUCGAACGCAUUCUCAAGUACUGGAAAUAUCUGCAUCACAUCACGGGCACGAACGCCAUUCUGCUGACGUCAAUAGCCAACCUGGUGCACUGUCGCCAAGAGGUUGAGAAGAUAGCACUAUCUGAGAGCGAAGUUCACGAAGACAUACGGUGUGCUAGUUAUGAGAAUGUCACAUCAAAGUGCAAGAGAGCAAUUGUCGAAAAGUCAAAGAUUGCACUUCAGGCUCCCGACCACCACUCUGAUAUUCACCUCAUCCUAGACACGAAUUGGUUUUUGAAAAUUUGCGACGAGAAGACGUUUCUAACAUUGUGCAGAAAAAAUGUUCUACAUUUUGGUCCACAGCUGAAGGCACUUAGCGAAAAUGUAAGCAAGUGCUACAUUGAACAAAAGUGUCGAAGGUCCGUAAAAGUGGAUUUGAAACAGAUCGAAGAACGUUCAAGGCACGACGCUUUCGCUAUCCUCGGGUGCGAAGAGGAAACACUUCGGUCAUAUCUACCAAAACGGCAUGCUCUGAAGCGAAUGAGCACCUUGAACAAGUUCGAGGAAAUCGUCAUUCUGGACAGCGACGGUGACUACAAUGAUCUUGUUGACAUGGAAUACUACAAGGGGAAGACAGUCCACCUGCUAGAAUUCGAUGAUGGAUGCUUCAUAUGGAGAGAAUCAAAUGGCGCCCUUAGUCACCUUCCCAUGAUCGGUGAAGAAAACUGCUCAGCAAUUUCUCUACAUGAAAGAAGUGAGAAAGUCAUCGUUGUGUCCGGAGACUCAGGAACGGGUAAAACCGUGUUGGCGACCCGGCUUUGCACAAAAAUCAAGGACUCAGACAAGCAAGCAUGGGUGAUUCAUGUCAGUAAUUAUUCGCAGGUGCAAGAGGCUAUGACUAUACACAGUGGACAAACUGGUGUAAUUAAUUUCAUACCGUUCGCGAAGUUGUGUGGCGUAUCAACAAGCGGAGUAGAGUUUGAACUGUUUCAGAAAAGCGUCACUGAGGGAGGUCCGUUUAACGUGUGGGUCAUUUUCGACGCCCUUGACGAAAUUCAGGAGACUAGCCAGAAAAUUAUCCUUGAUCUCACGAAGGUCUUGGUGAAAGCAAAGCUUUCUAAGAUACUGCUGUUCACACGCACCAUAUGUACAAAUUCGAUUCAAGAUGAAAUGCACGUGGUGUCUUUCCACAUGAGUCCGUUCUCCGAGGACGACCAAGUGCAAUUUCUGCAGAAAUACACUGAUCAAACGCCUUCAUCUCUAUUGGCUCCGGCCAGUAACACUCAGGCCAGUGGCAAAAGGUUCGAAAAGCUCCUUCACCAGGUUAGAAUGAAGGAUAGGUCCAUUCUAGGCAAUCCUCUUCUUCUCCGAAUGAUGGCCGAGGUGGGGCGAGGAGAAACUUCUGACCCCGAUUGCUACGACUUGGUGCAAAGUAUGUUGAACUCUCAUAAUUGCUAUUUUCUGUUAUCCGUGUACAGGUUGUUUGUCGAGUACAAAUACCUGCGAUAUCGCAAAGAAAAAAAGAAUGAGGAUAUAAGAAUAGCCGCCGUCCAAGAUGAUGACAAGAGGUUGAAGUCGAAAUUUUACAAGGACUAUGGUCGUCUAGCACUCAAGGCGGUUCUCUCCCAGGACGUCCUUAAGGGACUGCUAAGUGAAACUGAGUCCCGUGACUUGGAACCCAGUGGGAAGCUAACGACGUGUGUCAAGGAGAACAGGCUAAAACACGGUCUGAUACAGGAACUGAGCAACGAUGUGCCUCGCUUUGUGCAUCAGAGCUUCGCCGAGUUUUUCGCAGCAGAUUCGCUCUUCAAGAGGGUACAAAAAGUGGAUGCUAGAAGCCGUGAAGACAUCACACGUAUCGUUUCCAGGUUGUAUGGACAAUCUAGCUAUGAGGGCAUGUUGACUUUCUUGGAUGGAUUCGCAGCGGAGCAACACGCACUACAGAGCAGUAUUAUGAACAACGACACUGAAAGCGGUAAAAGAGCUGCAGAAUGUGACUGCUCUCCGACGGUCUCAAAAGAACACCUCUACACGUCGCUGCGCUGCAUGGUGAUCAGGGCUUUCUAAAGUGGCUUCCGAUUA